GUAUACAUGAGUAACUAGUUUGGAAGGUCAGAGACAAAAUGCAAAAGAUACUUUCCAAAUUCAUUGGACCAAAAUAUGUCGCCAUCGUCAGGACGUGGGUUCCAACACUGGUGGGCUGGGGCGCGGUAGCUGGCGUGGGACUUGUGCACUUCACAGACUGGCGACUGAUCUUGGACUAUGUGCCUUACAUUAGCGGCAAAUUCAAGAGAGAUGAAUAAUUUAGCCACUUUUAUGGCAUAACAUUAAACGCAGCCAGAAAAUGGAAACGGGUGGAGUGCUUGGUCUGUUCACUGUGACCGGACACAACGAAAACGAAUCUGAACUUGUACAGUGGACACAACGUGAUGUCGUAUUUGAUGUUCUGUUCCUUUGUUAUUUAUGUGAAUAAAGAGUUCAUUUAUCUAUA